AUGUUUUUGGAGAAGAUCUUCAUUUUCCUCUGGUUCUGGCACUGCGCCCUGGGCAUCAUAACCUUGAUCAGUUUUAUCAACUGGUUCCUUCGCAUGGGGUUCGCACGCUACCGGCUCAAAUUCAUCCGUCGUUACCUGAAAAUUAUGUGUGUAAUGAAAGACACCGAUCGAAGCGCCUCCAAGAAGUUUGUGGAGAACUUCCUACGACCAGACGGUAUCUUUCUUAUUCGCCUUAUCUCCAUGAAUGUGGGUGAUAUUAUGGCAGGCGAUCUGGCCUGUGAACUCUGGCACAUUUAUCGACACAAACGGACACAAGAUGUGGUGGUGGCAGAGGAGAUGAAAUAUAUUGAGCCAAUACCUAACUACUUGGGCCAUCCACAAGCUCCAGGGCUAAGGCAUCACCACCCUGAAAUUGGAUUUAUCACUGCCCCUGCUGCUCCUAGAAAUGCUGGUGGUGGUGCUGGGGGUGGCGGGGGUGGAAAUGGAGAGAAAGUAAUGCUCAAUGGAGAUGACAGCAUUGUCUAG